CUCUAGUCGCUAUGGUAACGUGGCCCGCGCUGUAGGCGAGGGAGGGAGAGUGCUGGCGCUCGGAAUCCCGGAGACCCCGGUCCCGGCUGGAGCAGCGCUAGGUCGCACGCGGGAGACGAAGCUAAUUCCGCUGGGUCCUGACGGGUGGCACACGCGCUGUCACCAUGCUGCCACCAUGUUCAGAGCGGGAACUGAGUGAGCUUUUGGCUCGAAAGGAGGAGGAAUGGCGAGCCCUCCAGGCCCACCGUGCGCAGAUGCAGGAGGCAGCUCUACAGGCUGCUCAGAACCGCCUGGAGGAGGCCCAGGGGAAGCUGUGGCGCCUACAGGAGGACUUUUUUUACAACCUUCAGGUGCUGGAAGAGCGGGACCGGGAGCUGGAGCGCUAUGAUGUUGAGUUCACCCAGGCCCGCCGGCGGGAGGAGGCCCAACAAGCAGAGACCAGUGAGCUCAAGAUAGAGGUGGCCAAGCUGAAACAGGAACUCACCAGGGAGUCCAGGCGCGUGGGGGAGUUGCAGCAUCAGCAUCAGCUAAUGCUGCAGGAGCAUCGCUUGGAGUUGGAGCGAGUCCACAGUGACAAGAACAGCAAACUGGACCACCAGCGGGAGCAGAAUGAGCACCUGAAGUGGAAACUGGAGCGAAAACUGAAGGAACUCGAUGGUGAACUUGCUCUGCAGAGACAGGAGCUGCUGCUGGAGUUUGAAUCUGAAAUGCAGAGAAGAGAGCAUGAGUUCCAGCUGAGGGCUGAGGACAUGAGCAAUGUAGCCCUGACACAUGAGCUCAAGAUAAAACUACUAAACAAAGAGCUGCAAGCUCUGAGAGACGCCGGAGCACGGGCAGCCGAGAGUCUGCAGAAGGCAGAAGCAGAGCACAUGGAAUUAGAGAGGAAGCUGCAGGACCGUGCCCGGGAACUCCAGGAUCUGGAGGCCAUGAAGGAUGCUCGGAUAAAGGGCUUGGAGAAGAAGCUUCACUCCGCACAGCUGGCCAAGAAGAAAGCUGAGGAGACUUUCAGGAGGAAACAUGAAGAGCUUGACCGUCAAGCCAGGGAGAGAGACACAGUGCUGAUGGCAGUGAAGCGUGCCCACGCAGAGGAGCUGCAGGCGCUGGACGCCAAGGUGCUGGAGCUUCAGUUCCGCAGUGAAACCCUGGAGGGACAACUGCGCAGGGCUGAGUGCACGCGAGCUGAGGAUGCCAAGGAGAAGAACGCCCUUACUGACAAAUUUCGUGAAGAUGCGGCAGCCUUGAAAGCUGCCUGGGACGCCCAGAUCACGCAGAUGGCCAAGGAAGCUGUCUCCAAAGACCUUCAGAUUCACAUGCUGCAGGAAGAAGAGAUGAAGCUCAAGGCACAGGUUGCCAAGUUCCAACAGGACAUAGACAGGUACAAGCAGCAGCUGACCCUGGCAGUGGAAAGGGGACAGAGCCUGGAGCGUGAACAGGUACAGCUAGGCCUUGACUGGCAGCGUCGCUGUGAUGAUGUUGAACGAGAUCAGAUCCAGAAGUCAGAGACUUUGAUCCAAGGACUGACCAAGGCCAGGGACCAGGUCGCUGCUAAGCUCCAGGAGACAGAGAAGGCACUGCGUAAGCAGGAGACUCUGCUGAAGGCUGUGUCACUGGAGCGAGACCAAGCUAUGGAAACUCUACAGACACAUGGGCUCCUUCUCGGACAGGAGGCACAGGUACUUCCUCAGCAGCACGAAGGAGAAAUAAGGGCAGAUUCUCCUUCUACUGAGAUCCAGAGGCUACAGGAACAGAAUGCAGGUCUGCGGAACGCUGUUUCACAGAUGAGGAGAGAGAUGGAGAUGCUGAACGGUCAGCUCCCCCCUGCCCAGCCAGAAGAGUGUUUAAAUGCAGACCCUGAUCCCAAGACUAGAGGAGACUCCACCCUUCCAGAUUAUGUUCUGGCCCUUGAAGCAGAAAUGCAAAACCUAAAGCAUAAACUUAAGGCAUUGGAAGAACAGCUACAAGGCACAGAAGAGCCAGUGAAGAUGUCCGUGGCCACUGCUGAUCCACACCACGGUGCCCACAGUUCUGCAGAAGCAGCUGGCGCAGCCCUGGCAGACCAGACAUCUGUUGCAUUAGCUCUCAGAAAACUUGGAGACAGAGUACGGCUCUUGAACUUGCUGGUGACACAGCUCAAAAAGAAGCUUCGGCAGAAGCCCCGGGAGCUGGUCGCUGUCCAGCAUGAGGUGCCCAGUGAGGUGGACCAGGUGCACCUGGAGGUUUUGGAGCUGCAGAAGCAGGUGGCCGAGUUAAGGAAGCAUCUCAAGAUGACACAGUCCCAAGGAGAGCCUUCAUCCAGGAAGCAGUUACAGAGAGAGGGUCUGGCAGACUGGUACCCCAUGGGCAUGGAAGACCAGACGGAGUCCCCUAUUUUGCCCCAGGAAGAGGCACAGCCUCCCCAGACCGUAUAUGUGACCCAUCUGCAAAGGAAAUUAAAGGAUGCAGUUAGGAAAAUACUCAGCCUCCGCCUAGAGAGGGAGCAGCUCCUAGAAAUGGGAAACAGACUCCGAGCUGAGCAGGGCUAUGCAAAAGGGGAACCGACUCCUUGCCCAGGUCCUCCCACCUCUGAGCCCCAGGACCCCCAGGAGGUGCCUGAGAGAUCUUUGGACCGUGGCCCACCUUUAGGACAAUUGCAGCCCCACUCAACAACAACUCAGCUUUCACAGAAGCAGCAUAGAAUCCCCACAGAUACUUUGAAGUCAUUUUGUCAGAAAGAAAACAGGACCCCAAAGCUACCACAGGCUCAAGAAGUCCCUGAAGAAAGUGACCAUCAUACCCACAGAUCAUCUUCAUUGGCCAGCAGUUCCCUCCAAGACACCUGGAGGCUACUAGAGCUGGGAUCCAGCCCUUCGGGUGUCCCCUCACAGGAUAACUCUGCUGCAGAGUGUCCAGCACUUCCGGGACCCAGCUGUUUCCAAAAGGUCAACCGGAGCCCUGACCCCAUACAAAAGGCCUUUGCUGUCAAAGGGCUAAAGAUGGAAGCUCAGCCAAAAGCCACACACCCCAGACCCAGCAAGUCUCACCCAGCUAAACCUACAAACUGCCAGCAGCAGCGACCCCGUAGGAUCCGCAACUACAACCUCAAGGACUAAGUCUCAGCCUCCUGUAGGGGACCACACAGGGACUCCACCUUGUACAUGGGGCCUGUGCUUGUACAAGUUGGGAAUGAGACUAUACAGGGUAUACAGGUGGGUUGCGAGCACAGGAUAGCCUCCCAAAUGAUGGCCUUCCUGAUGCUAAAGAACAA